CAUGGGUCGAGUCUUAGCGCAGGAUGUGUUUGCAAAAGACAACUUGCCGCCUUUUCCAGCAUCAGUGAAGGAUGGAUAUGCUGUGCGAGCUGCUGAUGGACCUGGUGAUAGAUUCAUUAUUGGUGAAUCACAGGCAGGCGAACAGCCCACCCAGACAGUGAUGCCUGGUCAGGUGAUGCGGGUAACAACAGGGGCUCCGAUACCUUGUGGUGCAGAUGCAGUUGUGCAGGUUGAAGAUACAGAGCUCAUUAGGGAAUCAGACGAUGGCACAGAAGAGCUGGAAGUAAGGAUUCUGACACAAGCCCGUCCAGGCCAAGACAUCAGACCAAUAGGCCAUGAUAUAAAAAGAGGAGAAUGCGUUUUGGCUAAAGGUACCCACAUGGGGCCUUCUGAAAUUGGCCUUCUAGCAACUGUUGGAGUAACUGAAGUUGAAGUUCACAAGUUUCCUGUGGUUGCUGUGAUGUCUACAGGAAAUGAACUCCUGAAUCCUGAGGACGAACUAACACCAGGAAAGAUUCGGGACAGCAAUCGUUCGACCCUUCUCGCAACAAUUCAGGAACAUGGUUACCCAACUAUCAACCUGGGAAUUGUUGGAGAUAACCCUGAUGACCUGCUGAAUGCUCUCAAUGAAGGGAUAAGUCGUGCUGAUAUCAUCAUUACUUCAGGGGGUGUAUCCAUGGGAGAAAAGGAUUACCUGAAGCAGGUGUUGGACAUUGACCUACAUGCCCAGAUCCAUUUCGGCAGAGUCUUCAUGAAACCUGGCCUCCCAACAACCUUUGCAACUUUGGAUAUCGAUGGCAUCAGAAAAAUCAUCUUUGCACUGCCAGGAAAUCCAGUGUCAGCAGUUGUUACCUGCAAUCUCUUUGUAAUCCCCGCGCUGAGGAAAAUGCAGGGAAUCCUUGAUCCUCGACCCACCAUCAUCAAAGCCAGGUUAUCCUGUGAUGUGAAGCUCGAUCCACGGCCUGAAUAUCAUCGCUGUAUUCUGACUUGGCACCACCAGGAACCAUUGCCUUGGGCACAGAGCACUGGGAAUCAGAUGAGUAGUCGUCUGAUGAGUAUGCGUAGUGCCAAUGGACUGUUGAUGCUACCUCCAAAGACAGAGCAGUACGUGGAGCUCCAUAAGGGUGAAGUGGUAGAUGUCAUGGUGAUUGGAAGACUAUGAUGUCGUCACAAAAGCUGCGUCGGUGCAUGUCUACAUAAUUAUUGACUGUAUCCUGUAAUAUGGAACAGCACAGCUACUUUUUAAUGAUUUGGAUAAAAUUGACCAGUGUUGUUGACAUCUUGAAUUAAUUUCAAAAUUAAAUCAGAUUAAGUAAAAUGAAAUGAGAGGGAGUAAUAAUGUAUUGAAUCCAUUCUGUAUCAUACUCAGAGCAAAGUUUCUCUUUCAUGACAAUUGCUUUGUGUGUUUAAUGCUAGGUCUAAUAGCAGUAGCUUUUGAUAGACAGCGGUAGGUGCCUGCUAAACUUGUGUUCUCUCAUCUUCAGAUACAGAUACUUAUGCUACUAGCAAGGCUGUCUGCUUACUUUAUACCAGCUUAGAUAAACACAGCUAUUAUCCUUAUUAGUAUGCAACAUAAUUGCUUCACAAAGAGCUUUGCUUGUUCUUUAUCUUGUAUCUUGUGUUCAUGUGCUCAGUGCCAAAAGCAGAGUGGCUGCAGUGGACUGGUUUGGUAUUUUGCCCUUUCAGUGCCAUCGACUGGGAAAUUUCUCAGCAGCCUUCUGUCUCAGCUGACCACCUAGUUGGACAGGAAUUGGAAAUCUUUCAUUUGAAAAAAGAAAUUGCUCCCUUAAGUGCUGACAGCCUUUUUACCAAUUUAAAAAAAAGUGUACAGUAAUAAAGAUUGAUAUUGUACAGAUAAUAGUGUACCAGCAAUCGUGGUAAUUCCUAGCAAAGACAGACAUUUAACACUGUACCAUAACAUUUUCUGUAAUGAUAUUAAAUAUUAAUUAAAAUCCUUGAUCAUUAUUAAAAUUUA